UGUUUCUGUCAACGUCUUUAUUAGAGUUUAAUUCUUAUUUCAAAAAGAAGAAGAAGUGAAAAAAUGGAUUCUCUCAUGUCAAUCAAAAGCUUCAUGCGAAACGCUACAGUUUUAAUUUCCGGAGCGACGGGUUUCAUUGGAAAAGUUUUAGUCGAAAAAUUACUUCGAGAAUGCCCUGAACUUGCCAACAUUUACAUCUUGGUACGCCCAAAAAAGGGAACUGAUGACAUUACAUCACGUUUUGCGGAAUACAAGGAGAAUAUUAUAUUUGACCACAUCAAACAAACGAAUCCAAGUGUAAUGGAAAAACUAUUACCGAUUCAGGGAGAUUUGAUGCAAAAUGGUCUCGGAAUGCACGAAAAUGAUUAUCGCUUGCUAUGCGAAUCUGUCAACAUUGUGUAUCAUUGUGCAGCAAGUGUUCGUUUCAGUGACCCAUUAAAAAUUGCAAUAAAAUUAAACUCACUUGGUACGAAGCAAAUGCUCGAUUUGGCUGAGCAAGCGAAAAAUUUGAAGGCAUUCGUUCAUGUCUCGACUGCCUUUUCAAAUGUUCAAGAAAAAUUGAUUAAAGAGGCAAUUUACGAGCCACUUUUUGACUAUCAUGCCGUCAUUGAGGCAACUUUGAAUGACAACGAUGCUUUUCUCGUCGAAGCUGAGCGAAAAAUUCUUAAACUUUUGCCAAACACGUACGUUUACUCGAAAAAUGUUGGCGAAAAGUUAGUUGAUGAUGUGAGCAAUCGAAUGCCCGUUUGCAUUGUUCGACCAUCAGUUGUUUGUCCUUCAUAUCGUGAUCCGUAUCCCGGAUGGGUUGAUUCCAUUAACGGGCCUGCGAGUGUUUUGCUUGGCGCAAGUACGGGACUUCUUCGUUGUGUACAUGGAAAAGGACAUUUGACGCCUGAUUUGUUGCCCGUUGAUUUUGCAUCAAAUGCGACAAUCGCUGCUUCAGUUCAAUGUGCUGAAUUAUGGGAAAAAGGAGGGCGAAAUUUGCAAGUUUUUAAUUUAACAACAAGUUCUGAGAUUCCCAUAACAUGGAAUGACUUUUUACAACUCGGAAGAAAAACUUACGAAAAAUAUCCUUCGAAAAGGGCAUUUUGGUAUCCCGGAGGUCGAAUGUACAAAAACUAUUGGGUUUUCGUAUUAGCAUUUACUGUCAUACAAUUCAUUCCUGCACUCGUGUUGGAUGGUUUGUUAGCGAUCAUUCAACGUCCUCGUUGGCUCGUACGCACUCAAAAGAAAAUCUGGAACAAUAUGAAGUUGUUUGAUUAUUUUUUGCAACAUCAAUGGAAAUGGGAGAACGACAAUUUGUUGAAGUUGUAUCAUCGUAUGGAGCUUUCAGAUCAAUACACUUUCAAUUUUGACGCAACAAUCGUCGACUAUCCAACUUACAUAGGAAAUUGGAUUUUCGGGUAUCGUAAAUUCAUCUUGAAACAAGGCGAUGAAUCAUUGCCGUCAGCAAAGCGAAAGUACAUGAUGUUGUAUUACAUAGACUUUGUAACAAAACUCUUAUUGAUUGGCUUAUUGGAUUUCUUGCUGCGAAAAUUACCUAUCUGGGACUUUGUGGGAUUGUCAAACUUUUAAAUUUUUAAUGACAUUUUCUGCUGUUUUCUUUUCUUUAACGUCGUAUUGACUUUUUAUUACAAUAAAUUUGAAUAUUCAAUCUUU